GUUGGGAGCUGCUGCGGUUGGGUACCUUUUCUUCGUUGCCAGAGCAGAGCAGUUCUUGGAUCUAGCAGACUGCUGCAAGGUAAUAUGCUUGAUAAUGUGCAUCCUCCUCUCCUGUAUUAUGAUCUUGUUGGUGCUGGCUGCCUGGCUUGCUUCUAUGUAUGUGCAUGCGUUGUUGUUCCCGUGCUCUGUUAUGAUUCGGGGUGAGAAGUCUGACUGCUGGAAGGAUUUGCAGUCGGUGAUCUAGUUUGCUGGGGAAUUGAUUGACUGGAGUGGGAUUUGGAUCCAAGAUGUUGCAGAUCUAUUAGGUGCUGCUCGAUCUGACAACACAUAAGAACAUGCUUGCCCAGCACACGCAGUGGAGAUUGGUCUGAUUAAUCCAUGCGCUACUAGGAAAUAUGUUAUAGCAAAAUGUGUACUGCCCGUGCCAGCAAAUAAGUGGUAUGGUAGUGCUAUUGGGUACGUACGUCGGCAGUAAGGCGUACCGAAAGUGUCGGUACGCUGGUGGUAUUGCGGGCAUGAUCCCUUUUUGGCCCGCCUGGCGGUAUAUAUUUAGAACUGGCGUCGCAAAGGGGCGCAAAGGGGUACGCCGGCGGUAGUACACGCUCAAAAAAAUGGCAAAAGUGGGCCACACACACGACCAAGACACACGUUACCCACUACGCACCGCACCAUCCGCUCCACCUUCUUCCCCCUCUCUCUUAUCUUCUCUUCCUACCUCCCUCCCUAGCUCCCUCCCUCCGGUGCUGCUCCGUUUGCACAUCUAGACCACAGAGGCGACGCCCUAGCUCCUUCCCUCCAUAUGUAGAUUCGGUGGAUCAGGCAUGGAUUGAGUGGGGGGAAUUGAGCGGCAUGGAGUAGGAGAGGAACGGAGAAUCGGUGGCAACGGGCAUGGGCUUGGUGGUACUGCUGAAGUGCGUGGCGGGGAGCUCCAAGGCGGAGGAGUGGGGCAGCGACGUGGUGCACAAGGGGGGCAUGGUGGUGCUCUGGGUCGGGCUUGUGGCCGGUUGGUGGUUCGUGGCCUUGGAUGCCAUCUUUUGUUUUACAUAGUUACCACCAGUGUGGUACCUUCGACACGCGCGCUGGCGUUAACCAUAUUUGGUCCUUUCGUCGUAGUGAUGGUUUAUCACAUACUUCACGGAUCAUGUUACACUGUUCACUACGGCCCUUGUGCAUGUGAAGAUGUGACAUACCCCCGUUUAAUCUAGGCCUUACCUAAUGCAUGUUCGCAAGCCAUGAGCACUAACUCACUUCUUGAAAUAGAUAGAUUAUUAUGUAUGUUUGUCUCCCAAUUGUUUUAUAUUGUUAAGUGUGUUCUUGUAUUCAGGGUGCGUACCUUCUGCCUCUUUAUGUAGUUGAUUUUAAGCAUCAUGCACUUUUUCAUACUUUUUGAUGGUUCCUAGGUGACACUAAUUGUUAAGCCUGAUUUAGACCAAUAGUGAAGUUGCAGCGAAAUAAAAAUAUGUCUAUACAUUUAUAUUUAAUUGAUUUGUAGCAUAUAAUUGUCAUUGUUGCUUUUUUAUUUCAUUUUUAUUAUAAUAUCGUAUAUACUAUAUUAUUACAAAUAAUUAGAAUUUAUAACUUUGUCCUUAAUCAAACUUCAUAAAAUUUGAUUAGAACAUUGUCUGUAAACAAUAUUAAGUUUUAUAAAAGUUCUCAAAUAGAUUGGAGCUGAGAGACUAAAUGCUUGCUUAAAUACAUCAAUUAACAAAUCAAAACAUCCCUUACGCUCUGUUUGGAUGUUUGCAUUGGGGAGCUAGACAUUGUAUUUGGUUGAAUGUCCAAUACCUAGGAUAUUGAUAUUGAGAGCAAAUAUCAAUAUUUCUGUUUGGAUGUGUUAGAUAUUCAAAACCUAGACUAGAUAUUGAAGGUGAAUGCUAAAUUUGUUUGGCUAUCUUUUUUCAUUAUAUCAAAUUGGGUCAUCUUUUAGCUUUAUGAUGGAUUUGAUAAUUUGUAACUGAAAGAGCCCAUAUCAAAGUGAAGGGUUGGAGCUCAACCCAUAUGGUGAUGUGGCACAUAAUAGAUGGCACAUAAGAAGUGAGCCUAGCUCACUUGGUUAGGGAAGUGGAUGUACGACCUAGCCACCCAGGUUCAAGUCUCCAGUGACGCGAAUUUGGGUUCUUAUUAUUUAAAAAUAAAAUCACUGUAGGGGCUUCCCCUACUGUAUUCCUUUCAAAAAGAUAAACAAAAUCUCACAUAAAGUACAAAUUUUUGGGUGCCCUAAUAAAGAGUUUUACAUUUUGUCUUACAUGACCUUUUCUUGCGAGAUCUUUGACAAAACAUUGACAAUGUGCAAUCUACUCAACUUUUAAAUCACAUCACCUAAGAUAUUUGGUUGAAGUGGAAUCUACUCAAAAGUUCAUACCUUGUUUAAUAAAAUAACCUAUGUUUGAAGCUAUCUAACAAAUCAUAGCAAGAAUUUCAUUAAUUAUAUGGAAAUUCAUUUUGGCUCAUUGGUGUAGAUGCACUCGCUGCCGGGCAAACAUAUCUCAAAAUGUAUUUUUUUUUGGAAAAUAUUGGGUUGUACUUGCAUUUUAUGCUUGCACACGAACUUUUGCAAAAAAAUAAUAUUUUUGUUGCCUAUGCAAAGAAAGACAAUUUCCAAUGCUCCAAAACAGCUUUCCACGAUACAUUUUUUGUCCUAUUUACAUGGGCAAGCAAAAUGUUUUUUCAUGCAAAACUUUUGUGAGUGUAUUACACCUAUGAACAAAAACACCGUGUCCUUAGUUAUAUACAAUUUUACUUAUAAAAUGAUUUUUUGUUAGUUUAUGAUUUUGUUGUAGAUACUUGGUUGAAGUGAAAUCUACUCAAAUAUUUCAUAUUGUCUUGCAUAGAAUAGUAUAUAUUUGAAGCCAUCUAAGAGACUCUACCAAAAAGUUAAUUUGUUAUAGACAAUUUAUCUUUUGUAAAUGAUUGUAUUUAUGUGUGAGCUUUUGUUUUUGUUGUAGAUAUUGCUUGGACACAUUUGUGGCUUUGAACAUUUGUGUUUUGUCUUCGUGUUAAAAUAUAUUAAGGUUAUCACCUAGUUUAUUCUCAUCAAGAUGAGAAACAAUGGUGGCCAUGGCUUUUGUCCAAGAAUGCGAAAGCCCUCCAUGAAGAAGCAACCUAGUGAACUCAUGAAAAAGUGUCGCAAACAGUUAAACAAAACUCGACAACAUUAUAGGGUAUCGAUGCCAAGGACAUAUAACAAUGGUGGUAGGCAAGGUGAUGAUCAUCUUUCCAAAAGAAAGACUAGUCAUGUUAUGUCAGUGCCUCACACAAAUAACUUGACUUGUUCCUCUACACCAAGCAAUGGAAUUAAAUCUUCACAUGAGAAUAUCGGCAAAUCUAUGCCCUCUUCCUCACGGAUUGCUCGGAAGAAUAGUGAGAUUUCUAGGCACUAUUCCUUAGAGCCAAACAAUGGUGUGGUUUCUUUUGGGAGAACUGCGAAGUCUUCUUCAAGUCCGAACAAUGGGAUUGUUCAUUUGCAAAAUGAUGUAGAGAAAUCUACGCCAUCUUCCUCAAGGCCAAAGAACCACGGGUAUUCUCCGAAAAAGAAUACAAAUGGUGGUGCCAUUCCAUUCAAGAAUAUUGAGAAGCCUAGGACCACUUCCUCAAGGCUAAACAAUAGCACCGAAGCUUCUCCGUCAGAGAAUAUCAAGAUGCCUAGCUCUUCUUCCUCAAAUAUGAACAAUCACAUGGUUUCUCUUCCAACGAAAAUUAAGAAGCCAAACAAUGGCAUGCUUUCUUUGGGGAGGAAAAACGAGUCGUUGAAGUCUCGGCCCUCUCGUUUUAGGGAUGGAAUUUCAUCGGUGUUGAAGGAUGACUCAAGUUUUAGGUUAGGUAUUUCAAAUGUAUUGCACCCAUCAUCCAUGUUACGCAAAUCGAGGAUUACAUCACGAAUUGUGAAUGAUGAAGUUCAAAAAGAAGAUAUCCCGAUGGUGAUAGAAACUUCGAAUCCUAGCUUAAAGUCUAAGGGUAGCCAAGCCAACACAGCAAUCCGUUGUGUUUCCUUACUUGGUAAGAACCUCUCAAGUUGCCAAAUGGUCGAGGUACCAUGCAUGGUUAGCAACCAGGAGGAACAUGCGGAAUCAAUGGGAAAGAACAUUCAACUUGAUACUAAAAGGCUGAGCAUUGGCCUUUCGGAGGUUGGAACUGAUGAAGACAAGAUUAAGAGAAUGUGGAUGGAGGAGAAGCUCGAUACACAUGAGGACGGUGAAGAUAGUGAAGUUGAGAUUCGAAGGUCGAAGAAGAUAAGGAAAUUUAUAACAAAUGGAGAUGAUGAGGAUGAUGACAAUGCUCAAAAUCUUAUAUGUGCUGAAAAAGGUACCGCUGGAUUUACCGAAGCAAUGGACUCCUCCAUCCAACUUAAAGAUCAAAGCAUUAGGCUUGUAGAAGAUGGCGGAGACAUUAGUGGAAACUCGAGGAAAAGGACAGAACAAUUGCCGGAAGAGAACCCUAAGACACAUGAAGACAAUGAUAGUGAAGAACCUGAUAGCUGUAGGCCAAAAAAACGUAGGAGAAAACUUAUUCUCAUUGACUACGAAGAUGACGAGGAUGGUGAUCAAAAUCGGGCAGGUGUUGAGAUUGGUACUGCUAGAUUGACAAAAGAAACGGUUGUUGUGAAGGAAUGCUCUACCGAAGUCUCUAGUCCAUUUCUGUCUGCAUCUUUAAUGCUGCAACAGUAUGGUUCCCUGCCCAUAGAUGAACACGUUUGGAGCGGAACCUUUAAUAUAAGCAGCAACAAAAAUAUUUCAUUGGCUGCACAUUUGUCAACCAAAUGCUGUGAGGAGGCGUGGAACCUGGCAGAAUCCUUGCAGCAAGAGAUUGUAGUAACUAAGCUUCCUAGGUUGGAGGCUUGGCCUAAGAGCUUUGAGGCAUCAAGGCCCACUGAUGACAACAUUGCUUUGUAUUUCUUGCCCUGCAAAAUGAGGCAAGAUGCAGACCUGGAUCAACUAGUUAAGGAACUUGUGGAGAAUGAUAUGGUCUUACAAGCUGUUAUUGCCGAAGCUGAGAUGCUCAUAUUUCCUUCUAUUCUACUGCCUGAGCAACACAAAACCUUCCAAGGGAAACCAUACCUGUGGGCGGUGUUCAAGCGCAGAAAAAGUAAGGUUGCCACAGUGGAAGCGCAACAUGGGAGAAGACACUGUGCACAGAAGGAGAUUGGAGAACAGCUUGCUUCACAUUGCAGUGUGAGCAAAGAAGUUCACCAUCUUACUGGGUUAAACAUGGACGGUGGACUUGAAACUCCAGAAGAAUCGGAGAUGCAAGGUAUGGAGCAGGAACAGAAUCCCUCUUUGGCUAGAGCCAACACCCAGAGUCCUGCUACUAGAGAUCCAACUAUGGAUGCUACAGGGUCUGCAAACCAUGGACAUACCCACUCGAGAUUGGCUGUUUCUACAGGAGCAAUGUUUGGUUUUGUGGUUCAGCGGGGUCCGAGAAUCGAGCAAUUCAUCCAAGAGUUGCAACGUGAAGGCGCUGUAGUCGUUGCAAUGCGUGGGGAGAUGAUAGGGUCAGGUCUUGGCCCGGCAGCAGCAAGUGGUAGAGAGGCGGACAAGAUGCCACAACCGAGCUCGUCAUGAAUGUGUUGCCAUGGUGUAAAGGUGAUCUUGGCCUUCAGCUGUUCUCGGCCAACUCUUCAGUUCUGCAGGACGUUUUGUAACAGGCAAAGAAGUUGAGUUGCUCCUCAAGCUUGGUCGACCUUUGCGUGCACCACCUUUGCAAAGAAGUUCAGGCUUUUGCUUUCCUGGUAGUGUUGUGGUCAGUACUGUAUCCCUAGUUGUUUUCUACUAGUUUAGUAGAGGUCAAAUGUUUCCCUGGCUAUGCGUUGCACUAGUUAAAAUUUGCCUGAAAUGCAUGCACAUAUUCCCACGCUA